GGAGACCAGAGCGCUGUGCCUGGUGAGAGGAUGGUCGUCCACGUGUUCACCUCCUCCUCCUCGGGCUUCGUGACGAUAAAGAAGAAGCAGCAGGAUGUGGUUAGAUUUCUGGAAGCCAACAAGAUGAAGUCUGAGGAGGUGGACAUCAUGAUGUCAGAAGAGCAGAGGCAGUGGAUGUACAAGAACAUCCCCCCGGAGAAGGGGCCUGUUCAGGGCAACCCUCUGCCACCUCAGAUAUUUAAUCGUGACCGAUAUUGUGAAGAUUAUGACAGUUUCUUUGAAUCCAAGGAAAGCAACACAGUCUUUUCAUUCUUAGGCCUGAAAUCACAGUUGGCAUCAAAGGAAGAACCUUAG